AUGUCAACGAUCGAAGAACUCAAGGUAUUCACCGGCAACGCGCAUCCCCAACUGGCGAGGGAUGUGUGCGAUUACCUGGGAAUUCCCCUGGGAGAGAGCGAGACGUUCAAGUUCGCCAACGACAACACCUUCGUUCGCAUCGGCGAGAACAUCCGCGAACGGGACGUGUUCAUCGUCCAGCCCACCGUCGCGCCCACCAACGACAACCUGAUGGAACUCCUGAUCAUGAUCGACGCCUGCAAGCGGGCGUCGGCCGGGCGGAUCACCGCGGUGGUCUCCUACUACGGUUACGGGCGCACCGACAAGAAGGACCAGCCUCGGGUGCCGAUUACCGCCCGCUUGGUGGCCGACCUGAUCACCACCGCCGGCGCCGACCGGAUGCUCACCCUUGACCUGCACGCCGGCCAGAUCCAGGCUUCUUCAACAUCCCGGUGGACGAGCUGA